GCGAGUGACUCUUUCCUCGUGUCGUCCGUCUAAUUAUCAGUUCACGCAAAACGACGAUGCCGUCUUGGAAUAUGUACAAGCUAGUCUCCUCCUACAAUCCCCGCGAGGUCCUGAGAUUAUGAACGCUUGUACAGGCUGGAGCUCCAAAACUCGUGGCAUCUCGUUCUUUCACUCGCUGCUUGCCUUAUACUAUCAUGGAAGCCAAAAUGCGAAGUGGCCACUGGUUAUCUUUCGGCAGCUUCUAGAGGCUAAUGUGAAUCCCAAUGAUCUCACCUUUUCGCUACUUGUAAAAGCCAUUGCUUCAUUGCUCUCUUCCGAUGCUCAUAGCUCUGUGGCUACGGAAUUUCAAGUUAGCCAGAUUCAAACUCAAUUAGUAAGACGGGGCGUCAACCGAUUUGUUUACGUAAAUACUGCUCUUCUGGAUUUAUACAUGAAAGUGGGCCUUACAACUAAUGCUCGACAGCUGUUUGAAGAUAUGCCUUGUAGAGAUGUUGUUUCGUGGAACGCAUUGAUUUAUGGAUAUUCACGGAACGGACAUGGUUAUGAUGCUCUGGCUCUCUUUGUACACAUGCUUAGAGAUGGUUCCAGACCUGAUCAUGCGACAAUUGUUGGUUUGGCACCAACCUGUGGUUGCUUUGAACUUAUUCUUCAAGGAAGAUCCCUUCAUGGAUUUGGAAUUAAAGCUGGCCUUGGUUUUGAUUGUCAAUUGAAAAAUGCCCUUUCCUCAAUGUAUGCUAAAUGCGAGGAUUUGGAAGCAUCAGAACUUUUGUUUGAAGAAACGUCCGAAAGAAGUCUCGUUUCUUGGAAUUCUAUGGUUGGUGCCUAUGGCCAAAAUGGAUUCUUGGAGAAGGCAAUGAUUUGCUUCAAAGAAAUGCUAAAUGAGGGUUUGCAACCCGGCCCAGUGACAAUGAUGUGCCUUCUGUCAGCAAAUGCUGUUCCAGAAACUAUUCAUUGUUACAUCAUUAAAUGUGGCAUGAUCAAUCAUGCUUCUGUCAUUACUUCACUAGUUUGCCUAUAUGCAAGGCAAGGACUCACGCAUAUAGCAGAACUUCUUUACAAACAUUUGCCAACCAACAACCUGAUUUCCUUAACUGCAAUAAUGUCAAGCUAUGCUGAGAAGGGUGAUAUAAAGUCAGUAGUUGAGUAUUUUAUCCAAACUCAGCAAUUGGACAUGAAACUGGAUGCAGUUGCUUUGCUUAGCGUCCUUCAUGGCAUUAUAGAUCCUGCUCAUCUUGCAGUUGGACGUGCUUUCCAUGCUUAUGGCUUAAAGAAUGGAUUGACUAUCGACGGUUUAGUCUUUAAUGGGCUAAUAAGCAUGUAUUCAAAAUUUGAUGAGAUAGAAGCUGCUUUCUUUUUGUUUCUUGAGAUGAGUUAUAAACCUCUUAUCACUUGGAAUUCUGUGAUAUCUGGCUGUGUGCGGGCUGGAAAAUCAAGUGAUGCCAUAGACUUGUUCUGCCAAAUGAAAAGGUCUGGACAAAAACCUGAUGCCAUAACUAUUUCUAGUAUACUAUGCGCGUGUAGCCAGCUUGGGUACCUAAGGACUGGGGAGACGCUGCAUAACUAUGUCCUAAGGAACAACGUGGAAAUGGAAGAUUUCACGGGCACUGCUCUAACAGACAUGUACACCAAGUGCGGAAGGUUGGAUUAUGCUGAAAGGGUGUUCAAUAGCAUCAUUGAUCCAUGUUUGGCAACUUGGAACUCGAUUAUAUCAGGAUACAGCCUUUACGGGGUUGAACAUAAAGCUUUCACUGGCUACAAUGAACUGCAAAAACAAGGGCUAAAACCUGAUAAAAUAACCUUUUUGGGAGUUCUAGCUGCAUGCACCCAUGGUGCACUUGUUUGCGAAGGAAUCGAGUACUUUCGAAUCAUGAAAGAUGAGUAUGGUUUGAUGCCAGAUUUGCAACAUUAUGCUUGCAUGGUUGGUACAUUAGGUCGAGCAGGAUUUUUUCACGAAGCAAUGGAAUUUAUUAACAGUAUGGAGGUCCGACCUGAUUCUGCUGUGUGGAUAUCAUUAUUAAGUGCUUGCAGCAUCCACCAAGAAAUCAAACUUGGGGAAUGCUUGGCGAAUAAAUUGUUUUACUUGGAUCAUAGAAAUGGUGGGCUUUACGUAUUAAUGUCAAAUCUUUAUGCGGUGGUAGGGAGGUGGGAUGAUGUGGCAAGGGUGAGGGAUAUGAUGAGAGACAAUGGACAAGAAGGAUUUUAUGGGGUGAGUGUUGUCGAAGUAACAUCCAUCGAGGACUUGAACAGCAACCUUGGAAUGAAUGAAGUCUAUUUGAAUGCAAAUACUAUGCUCUUGUGCCUAUAAUAUCGACAGGAGAUCCGUUUUUGCGUCCCUUAUAAUUUAUAAGGGAGUUGCUAACAUUUGGUUCCUACUUAAAAAAUGUUAACGUGGUAUAUCUUAUUGUCAAUUUCAAAAAGGCCAUUUAUUUCAAGGGAUCGAAGUGUCAAUAAUUUCUUUACGAAAAACCUAAAUGUCACCCUUCUAAUCAUAUUUCAUGUAAUUCUUUUUUCAAAUUUAUUAAAUAUUAUCAAAAUAUCCUGCC